CUGAUUUCGUUGGCGGUCUGUUGUCUCUAUUCUAGCUUUUGGUGGCCUAGAAGAGGCUAGAAGGGUCAAGUGGCAAAGACAUAAUUCUGCUUAGCGAUGGUAUCUGGUAAAUGUAAUUGCUGUCACUCACAGAGAAACUAUUGUUUUACCGUGAGAAAAGUGCUGUUGAACUGUUAAGUGAAAUUUGGCGAUCGAGGAUCGAAUCCACGCUAUGCCUGCAUGAAGCCACUACACCUAUAAUGGAAAGGAUUAUACGUAAAAGGAAAACUGUGAGAGCAACACGAAAGCUCCACUUAUAUCAAAUCUGAAGACUAAACGCUAUUUAACUGUUUACGCAGUUGCCGACUAGGGGAUCAAUGAAACACAAAGCGUAACAAAAUGUGGAGGAAAUUCUGCAUAUUGGUGAAGUACAUUGCUGGAACUUUUGUGAAAUGGCUACCAAAACCUGGACAGCAAGCUAGAACUCAUUUACUUAUCUUAUAUUCUGUCACAUUUUUUCUUCUUUUGCCUACCCUCUGCCACAAACUCCCUUUCUCGGUUUACUACCAUGCUGGUCAUGCUGACAAGGAUGAUGGGAUUAGAAAGUUUAAUGCUGCGAAUGAUGAAAGACUUAAACUGUCUCGCAACUUUUUGAAAAAUACUUUCAAUAGUAUGAAGCGUCUUCCUAAUUCUCCCUGGGUUACACCAAAAUCCAACUUUCCAAAAGAUGCCUUAAAUUUCUUUGACCAACCCAGAAUGCAAGUUGAUAUAGCACUAACUAUAAUUACAGUGUCACGAAAUAGGCACAAGUUUGAUAACUAUGAACCACACUACCUUACACAAGCUGUUUGGCGAUAUAUGGAAUUACUUUUGAGUUCUGAAAAUCAACAAAAAAAUGUAAAACUUUCUCUGUGUAAUGUUGAUCGUGAUCCGGAAACCUACCAUGAAAUUCACAACCUCUCUUCUUUUAUUCAGACUUUUCAACGGUUUCCCACAAAAUCUUCCUAUUCUUCUGAAGUAUUUGAAAAAGAAAAAGAAGACUAUGUAUACUGCCUCAAUGCUUCCCUUGUAUGGAAACCAAGUUUUGUAUUGCUUGUUGAGGAUGACAGCCUUCCCCACAAUGAUAUGUUUCGUGUUUUGUACCAUGCUCUUGACUAUAUAUACUAUGUUGAUAAUCAGCAUGGAUCAUAUCGACAUUUUCCUGAACAAUGGUACUUAAAACUUUAUCAUCCAGAUCGACUGCUGGGUUAUUGGAGCAUAGAAGUGGAAAGAAUACCAGAACUAAUAUCACUGAGUUUAGUUUUUGGUGUUUUAGUUCUGCUUAUUUAUCGGUGUAUUGGGAUGAAAAAUGUUUUUAGAAAUAUUAAUGCUUCUUGGUUUCUCCUCAGUCUCUAUUUCUUCUUGCUUUUUAUUGCUAUUGGAAGACAGAACUUACUUGAAAUUAGACGAUUGUCCAAACAUUUUUACAUGUUGACACCUUCACCUUCAUGCUGCACACCAGCAAUAUUAUAUACUAAUGCAACAGCUAAAACUGUUAUAGACUACCUUAGCCAUGUGCGUUGUAAGAGUAAGUUUGCCAAAGAUAUGGCAUUGGAACAGUUACGUUCUGAAACUCAUCUAAAAGCCUAUCUUUUGCAGCCAAAUCUUUUUAAACACAUUGGUCUGUAUUCUUCUUUGCGAUCAAAGAUUCUCAAUCCUGGUGUUGUAUGAUAAAGUUAUUCUUCAUCUAUUAUUUAUUUCCCUUUAGCUUGUCAUAUUUUAAACUACAUCUUUAAAUUGGUCUGUUUUAUUUUGCCUUUAAUUCGGUCCUGCUUUCAUUUCUGCUACUGCUACUUUUGUAGCAUUCUGUAUUUAAAAUGCUGCUUUCAUACCAUUUUGUCAAACUGAAGAUUUAUUUAUUUUUUUAUUAAAUUUAAUAAAAAUAUAUGUAUUGUUGGAACAAUUUUUAAAGACUUUUCCUACUGAAUGCUAUUCCUAAUGUUCACUCACAUGAAAUAUGAAUAGAUUGGAACUCAUCAAAUUCAGUAAUGUUCUUGCCCAGAAGUACACUACAAUGGGUUAUACUCUAUUUGAACUUAUGUAAUGUAGACCAGCAUUUUAACCUCUUGGCCUUUCUGCCUCACCUUUAUAAUAUAUAAAACUUUAUUCUAUCUCUUUUCUCAUUUAACUGUUAUUAUAAAGAUAUUUAAUGUUUUAAAAUAAUGUAACUAUGCAAUAUAUAAACUAUAUUUCUUUGUCCCCUAUCUGUCAUUAUCAAAUGCAACUAUACUAUUAGCUAGGCAUACUCCUUCAGUUUAGCUACUUUGUUGAGGCAGUAUAACAUGAGAAAUGUUACAGAAAAAAUGAAAUAUUUAAGACUGUUCUUUUAUCUUUUACCUUUAACUUAUUUCAGUCAUUAGACUGUGGCCAUGCUGGGGCUCCACCUUCAAGAACUUUUAAUUGAACAAAUCAACCCCAAUACAUUAAUUUUUAAAGCCUGGUAUUUAUUCAAUUGUUCUCCUUUGCCAAAACAUUAAACUGCAGGAAUGUAAACACACCAGCAACGGUUGUCAAGUGGUGGUGGGGGACAAACACACACAGAGACACACAUACACACAUUAAUAUAUAUGCACACAUAUAUGCAAUGGGCUUCUUUCAUUUUCCCUUCUACCAAAUCUACUCACAAGGCUUUGGUCAGCCUGAAGCUAAGGUAGAAAAUACAUGCCCGAAGGUACCAGUGGGACUGAACCCAGAACCAUGUAGUUGGGAAGCAAGCUUCUUAUCACACAGCUAUGUUUGCAUUCUAUUUUUGAAAAAAAUUAAAUUCUUUUUACAUUG